UGUGCUCUUUCUUCUCUUUGCUGAAAAGAAAAGAAGGGAAGAUGUAGAGAGACAGAGCCGACUAGAUUGGGGAGAAGCGAUAGGAGGAGGGGGUAGCGGAGACGGGCGAUUGUGUAGGGUCUACUGGGCAUAUGCAGAGGCCUUUUCUUGCUUGUUGAUUUCGACUCCUGCGUUGGAUCUCGAUCGCUUUGAGGUACCGGGAGGUGUUUGGGAGCUUCAAUUUAGGGUUUAUGAUGGGUUCUUUUGGUUGAAUCGGUGGUGGAUGUGGAAAUUGAGGUUUCGAGGUGGAUUUUGGUGGCCUUGGAAAGGAAGUUGAUGGCGUCAUCGGAGGUGUCGGUGAAGGGGAGCAGCGUAGGGCGAGGGCAGAGCUUGUCGUCGGGGUGCAGCGAGCCGCACGAGGGCGCGCCGGUGAGGGGGGGCGAUGCCGAGGGAAGCAUGGAGUACUCCGGCGGCGCUGUCAGCGGGAAAGAUUCCGAGGAUGCGUUGUACACGGAGCUCUGGCUGGCUUGCGCUGGUCCUCUGGUGACAAUUCCCAGAUUUGGGGAGAGGGUCUUCUACUUCCCACAGGGGCAUAUAGAGCAGGUUGAAGCGUCCACUAAUCAGGUGGCGGACCAGCAGAUGCCGGUUUACAACAUUCCAUGGAAGAUCCCUUGUCGCGUUAUGGAUGUCCGACUGAAGGCUGAGCCGGACACUGAUGAGGUAUUUGCCCAGGUGACUUUGAUCCCUGAUUCGAAGUUGCUGUUAGUCCAGCAAGAUGAGAACACAGUGGAGAAGGAGAUGCUUCCGCCUCCACCACCACGGCCUCAUGUGUAUUCUUUCUGCAAGACACUGACUGCAUCUGAUACAAGCACACAUGGUGGAUUCUCGGUGCUAAGACGGCACGCUGAUGAGUGCCUUCCUCCGCUGGAUAUGAGCAGGCAGCCGCCAAGUCAAGAACUGGUGGCUAAGGAUUUGCACGGAGUAGAAUGGCGCUUCCGCCACAUCUUUCGGGGUCAACCACGAAGACACCUACUUCAAAGCGGUUGGAGUGUCUUUGUUAGUUCUAAGAGGCUGGUUGCCGGCGAUGCCUUUAUAUUUCUAAGAGGGGAGAAUGGCGAACUCCGUGUUGGAGUGAGACGUGCAAUGAGACAGCAGAAUAAUGUUCCAUCUUCGGUUAUAUCCAGUCAUAGUAUGCACCUGGGUGUCCUUGCCACAGCAUGGCAUGCUGUCAACACUGGAACCAUGUUUACAGUUUACUACAAACCACGGACUAGCCCAUCAGAGUUCAUUGUGCCUUUUGAUCAGUAUGUGGAGUCUAUCAAGAGGAACCAUUCUGUAGGGAUGAGGUUCAAAAUGAGAUUUGAAGGCGAAGAGGCCCCAGAACAGAGGUUCACCGGAACCAUUGUUGGCAUAGGAGAUUCUGACUCUAGCAGGUGGCCUGGAUCAAAAUGGAAAUGUCUCAAGGUACGGUGGGAUGAGACAUCUUCAAUUCCUCGUCCGGACAGGGUUUCACCAUGGAAAAUUGAGCCUGCUCUGACACCUCCUCCUCUCAAUCCCCUUUUGAUGCCUAGGCCAAAAAAGCCUCGAACAGCUGCAUUUUCUUAUUCCCCCGACUCAUCUAUUCUAAGAAAAGAAGCUGCUCCGAAAGUCAUUGCAGACCCUUCCCAAUCACAUGGAAGCCCUAGGGUCUUGCAAGGUCAAGAAAUCAUGACCUUGAGAAGUGCUUUUGCUGAUAGUAAUGAGUCAGGUGCUGCUAAAAAAUCGAUCAUGUGGUCGACAAAUGCUGAAGAGAAAAAUGAUGUUUCUUCUCAGAGACGAUUUGGAUCAGAUAGCUGGAUGCACACAAAGAGGCAUGAGCAAACCUGUGCUGAGAUAUUGUCAGGAUUCCGGGCUCCUGAUUCUAGUGGGUUUCGCUCACCACUCCUUGAGCAUAAUUCAGGUGACAAAAGCCUUUCAAAGCCUCACCUCCAAGAUCAAGAGUUCAGACAUAACUAUUCUCCUGGCUCAUGGUCGCUGAUGCCUCCACAUUCAGAUUUUAGCAUGGGUGAAUGCAACUUGAAGACAUCCUCGCAAGUUGGUGAGAUUUCUCAUCUAAAAGCUGAAAGAUAUAGAUGUGGCAUGCAGGGUGGUCUUUCUGAGUUUCAGGGUUUAGGAGGUGAUCAAACUUCACUGAAUUGGUUAGAGCAUAUGAUGCCAGAGUCUCGAAAAGAUAACCAGCCACAACCAAAGGUCAUCAAACCCCAGCCGCUGGUGCCAUCCCAAAUUGAUGUGGCAAAGCCAAAAGCAAGUAGUGGUUAUAAGCUAUUUGGGUUUCAUAUAAAUAGCAGCCCGAUGAUCUCUGAAUCAGCUGUGCCGCAGAGCAACUCAGCGGAUAUUUUGAUAUCACAUAGCUGUCAAACUUCAACAUUGCCUCAACCACAUGGCUUGGAGGCUGACAAACAUUCUGAGUCGUCCAUAGUUGCAAAAUUAGUUGGUACAACACCAACAAAUGGUGAUGCAGAAAAACUUAUUCAGGCUUGUCCACAGGCACCUAAAGAAGGCCAGAGCAAGCUGCAAGGUGGUCCAAUUAGGAGUUGCACAAAGGUGCAUAAGCAAGGUAUUGCUCUUGGUAGAUCUGUUGACCUUACCAAGUUCAAUGGUUAUGAUGAACUGAUUGCUGAACUAGAUCAAAUGUUUGAAUUUGAGGGUGCGCUGGUGGCUCCCAACAAAAAUUGGUUGGUUGUGUACACUGACAAUGAAGGUGAUAUGAUGCUUGUUGGAGAUGAUCCCUGGAAUGAAUUCUGUAACAUGGUUCAUAAGAUAUACAUCUACACUCGAGAGGAGGUCCACCGGAUGAACCCAGGAACUCUAAAUUCUAGAGUUGAAGAGAGUCCAGCUGCUUCAGAUGAAAAAAUAGCUGGCAAAGAAACAAAUGGCCCUGUGCCUACUCCUGACCCUGACAAUUCCGAGGGCUGUCCAGGUGUUGACGCGGCUUUUUAAAGAUGUCGAGAAAAGAAAAAAACAAUGUGGAAAGUAGCUUUUUUGUGGUGGGUCUAACUUUUGAGAUACUUUGUGCUUGCUGGUAAGCCCCAUCUUGUCCUCCGUAUGCCUGCUGCUGGCCCUAGGCUGGGGCAUGGAACCUUUCUUAUUUCCUGCAGUUUUGGUGGUAUUGUAAUUUUGCUUACAAGGCCCCUUUUGGUAUAUAUAUACCGGAUAGGUAAGGUAGGUCUUAAUCCUUUGCACCUACCAUGUAAAUAGCUUAUCCGUCUAUUAUAUAUUUAUAACUCACAUUCCCUAUCGUUUUUGUCACUCGUGUGUCAUGAUACAUUUUCUUGGAAUGAACCUUAGAGCUUGUUUAUAGGCUUUGGUUUGAUCAAAUUAUACGUCUAAUGAAAUAGCUAUUGUAGAUUUUAUCUUCA